UGGUGGGGAAAGUCGACGGAGUAUACACUGGGUUCUGUACUCUGCGCUCCUGGCUGUCUGUCACUCUACAGGGCGGCAGCACUCCAUGACGUCAUCGAUGAAUACAGCUCACACGUCACUUCCGGCUAUGAAAGCUUAUUGAAGGACAUGGGAGAAGACCGCUGGAUGUCUCUUCUAAUGAUGAGCAAAGGCUGGGAAGUGGGCUACAAUGAAACCUCCACCAACAAAACCUUCUGUCCGGAGUCGAACGACGAGUUCUUCGCUCAAAGAAAGCGCUGGGACCUCUCCAUAUUAAGUAACACUGUGUUGUCUAUUACAAGAUACCUGACGCUGGCGGAUGCCAACUCCAACUUCAAUGUCUUCUUUUUUGCCUAUUCACUCACACUGCUACUGAUGCGAAUCAUUUCUCCAGCGUUUUUCAUGUUCCAAAUGGCUCUUGGUCUAAAUGCUCAGGGGAUAGACGUGACAGUUGGUGUGAUAGGUGUGAUGACGAUGUGUACUGGAUAUGCUGUGCUGUGUUUGUUGACAAGACACAGGUGCUCUGUGCAGAUUCGGGCCACCACAUUCCUUGUAGUCUUCAUCUCGCUCAUGUUUGUGUGUCUCGCCGUGGAAAUGGCCUUCGAUAUUCAUGGCGGGAGUUUUGCAACUGAUUAUCAAAGUGGACAGAAUGACAACAACACUGGACAAAACAUCAACAAAACAUGGCGACAAGAUGACCAAAUUAUGAGCAAUCACAACAAAGCACCGCAAACAGGACAGAUACCAGUACAUUGGUUCAACAUCCUUAUCUUUCUGAGUCCGUUCCUCUUUUCGGUAUUGUUGCACCCGGGCCAUUGGUCCGUCAUACUGCGAGCCAUUCCUCAUUUUAGUCUUCUUCCGGCAUUGCAGAUACUGCUGCCGAUUUACAUGUAUUGCAACAUGGCCGACCAAAGCUGGGGUACGAGAGAACAGAACCGGCCGAGAGAUGUCCCCACCAUCUGUCCAUUAAACCGCCCUGAGUCAGAAAAGAUGGACUGGGACACCAAAAAUGAAGAAAAAGUUGACAUGAAAGAAGAACUCGAGGUCACGUGCUCUUGUCAUGUACAUUAUUUAAAACAAUUGUCCGAUAACGAAACGGAAUUCUGGGAAACAUUACGCAACACAGUUAUCGGGACCGCAACCGAGUUUGGAUUGAGUGGGGACGAGAUUGGCAAAGACUUGGGUAAAUUACGUAACAUCCUGUUACCGGUUGUCAUGGCAAUAAACGUCACGUGGUUAAUCGCGGCAGUGGUGACUAAGAAGACAGGCGGCUCAGAGGUGUUCACGUGGACAUGUGGUGUUUUUGUCGCUGUAGGCAUUAUUCAAGUGUUGUCCAUGGUGGCGUGCAAGAUACAAUCUUUCACUGUUCGGGCAGCUCUACGGACAGACGAGGAGAACGCCAGAGGAAAAGCUAUAUGGAUUAGGCCAUAGGAGUCAUUAUCUUCUUUGAUAUGGACAGAAAGGGGGAGGGGGGUAACUGCCUCCUGUCUAAUGUUGGCAAAGCCAGAUUACGCAACUUUGUUAUUUUUAAAAAGAUUUAACUUGUUUUAUUUUAUCUCUCUUGUCUUAAUCACGUGUGUAACUCGUCGAGUUUUAUUUUACCACCAACCUCGCAUUGAUAGUAGAAAAUGUCUCAAGUACUUAGAAACAGCUUUGGGUAAUGCAUGCCUUGGUAUGGCUAGGAAGGUAUGAACUCAGUGCUGUAUAAAGUUUAGAUGUGGAGUACAACCAUCACGUCUACAGACUGGAAUGUAAGUAUGAGAAUAAAACCAGUGUGACAGGAAUGAUAUCCCGCUAGGAACCGUAGUCCGUUCCCCAUUACUUUGUAUAGCUGACAUUCGUCCCAUAUACUAAAACCCCGAUAUUCCCACUAACUCUAACCUGUUUAAAUCAUUAUGGGAGUCCAGACUUCCAGUCCGAGGACUACCAUUCCUCUCACACCAGCUUCGUGCCAGAAUACGUUUUUAUUGCAUGGACCAGAUAGAAGUUGUGGUACAUGUAAAAACUGAUGUUCGACUAUUUUAUAGAGAAAUGCAUGUACACAGUGUUAUAUGACUUUGCAAAUGUUACAAAUUGAAAUCAAUACAAUUACUCAAGAAGAGAAAUUCAUAUACGUAAUGUCUAUAUAUAUAUAUAUA